CGGAGUUGAGGUCUUAAAACGCCUGGCCAAUUUCUUCACCUCUCCACUUCUUCGUUCACAGUUUUGAACUGAGAUGACUUUUCCCUGACCCCGCGGAAGGAAUAUUAACAAAUGGAAUACCUACAGUCGGUGGCAGCUUUGCUUUGAACACAGUUUUCUUUCCAUGCGUCUUUUUUUUUUUUUUCCUGAGUGGAGCGCACCCAGGACAGGACAGCAGAGGAGCGGAGACUUUUCUGGUUUUGACUACUUGAGUUUUUUUUUUUUUUUUCCUCGUCGGAUUUCGGGGCGCACAUGCGAUGUCACGGACUAUUAAGAGAAGAAAGAAACGUGUGUGAAUAGUGUUUUUUUUUCUCUUUUGGUCUGUGAACGAAAGUGUCUUUAGAGUUUGUUUUCUUCCACCAGUUGAGCAACUGGCGACAGGACUCUAUAAUCAAUGUGGUGUCAGCUGGAAGGACGCGGGGUCCGGAUCUCACCUAAACGCUGAUACGUCUUGGGAGUGAUGCACUGGCUUCCCCUGGUUGCCAUGGUGAUUGCCUCGGCCCUGCCCUUCCCUCACAACCCCGUCUCCAGGAUUGCUGCCGCGACAACAGAGCCUGGCUUCGACAGCCACAGAGACCACCAUCAUGACCCGGCUACUCGCGUCGCAGCUCCCACGGAGCCUCCAGCAGACUUCAACUUCCACGCAAACGCAUCACAAACGGAUUACAACAUGGCUGUUAGUCUCAGCCAACACACCAACAAACAAAACCUCCAGAGCCAGAAGGAUUACGUGACAUCCUCUUCAGAUGAAGAGACUUCCAUUUUCAAAGUGGAGAAUCAAGGAAUCCACCAAUCAAAAAGCAACUCAGGCAGCAAAGUCAAAAGCAGCGUCAGUUUGGAUGUUCUCACAGAAGGAGGAACUCUCAGGACCCACGAUGUUUCAGAGGAUAAUUCUCUACCAAAGGACUACAAAACUUCCAGCAGUAGGCCAGAUUACACAGCGGAGGUUUCCAAGAAGGACUUUCAGGACUCCACAGAAACACCUUUGCAGGUUUCUGCUGUCAGUCCUGCUGCUAUUCUAAAGGGUCAAACAGGACCAGAACCAACUGUUUCCUCGGAGCAGUUGGGAGAUUCACCAACGGUCAGUACAGGGAGUCAAAGGACAUCAGGGACGGAGCAGAGUCUGGCAGAGGAGAGCCUGACCCUGGAGGCAGGGAUGGGUCUGGGGUUAGGACCGGACAGUAUCCUGGAAGGUGAUGAAAUGUUUUUGGAUGCACAUCCAAGGGUCUUGUUCUCGCCCUCACCUUCACCUCCGGAACAUCCACCAAUCCUCCUCAUGCUGGAGACCGGCAUGAUGGAGGACGGGGACGGAGAGGAGCAGCAGGAGGACAUGGACACACUUAUCGAGGGUCACGGGGACCGGGCGAUUGACAGGAGCACAACUCCAAGCUCCUCCAGAGCCCCCAGUGAUGUUCCCCAUGCCGUUAAAAGGGACAAACGUUCACAUUUGAUGGACAGGAGGCGAGGGGAGAAGUCAGUGUGCGAGUCCGAAAGUGUUUGGGUCACAGACAAGAAGACGGCCAUCGACUCCCACGGGCAGAAGGUGACCAUCCUGCAGGAAAUUCAGACGCAGACAGGGCCGCUCAAACAGUACUUCUAUGAGACUCGCUGCCGUCAGGCCGAGCAGGCGAGCAGGCCCAAACCUGGAGGCAGAGCGGCGAGGCCCAUGGGGACGGGCGUAGCUGGGGCUGGAUGUUUAGGUGUGGAUAAAAAACAAUGGGUGAGCGAGUGCAAAGCCAAGCAGUCGUUUGUGCGAGCGCUCACCAAAGAUGCAAACAACCGAACGGGAUGGAGGUGGAUCCGCAUCGACUCGUCCUGCGUCUGUGUGCUGCUGUCCAGAGCCAAUCAGGCACUGGGGAGGGAGGUCUUGAUGGGAAGGGGGAGAGGCUGAGAGGGAGAAAAAAAGAGAGAGAGACACAGCAAGAAGUAGAAAAUGACACAGAGGAGAGCAGCUGUGAGCGCUCAGCAGGGCUAUUAGAGUUUACCCAAACCAAAACUAAGACGACUGAAAACAUAAUUAGGUCAAGUACAACCUGAACACAA